AUGGACGUGUGUCUGAGCUCCGCGCCGCAGCCCGCGCGCGUCGGGAGGGCUGCGACCUGCCCGGAUGGCUGUGUGGAGGCGGUGAGUGAGGGCGCGCUCCUGACGGAUGGCACCGAGGGACCCCAAGGAGAUUCUCACGAGACAGAGCCAUCCCUUCACAGCCUCCAGACCUUUGUUCCGACCGAUUAUGCCAGCUACACUCUGGAGCAUUACCAGUUUGUGGGCAGGAAGAUCAUCAUUCAGGAAUCAAUCGAGAGUUACGGAGCCGUGGUGUGGCCGGGGGCUACAGCUCUGUGCGAAUAUUUGGAGGAACACACAGAAGAACUGAAUCUCCAAGAUGCUAAGAUACUUGAAAUUGGUGCUGGACCAGGCCUUGUUUCCAUUGUGGCCAGUAUUUUAGGAGCUCAAGUCACAGCCACGGAUUUGCCUGAUGUCCUGGGAAACCUUCAGUACAAUCUUUUAAGAAACACUCUCAAAUGUACAGCACAUCUGCCUGAAGUGAAAGAACUGGUAUGGGGCGAAGAUCUGGAACGGAACUUCCCCAAAUCCACAUUUCAUUAUGACUAUAUCCUGGCCUCAGAUGUGGUCUAUCACCAUUACUUCCUGGACAAGCUGCUGACCACCAUGGUGUACCUCUCCCAGCCAGGGACCGUGUUGCUUUGGGCAAACAAGUUCAGAUUCAGCACUGAUUAUGAAUUUUUAGAUAAAUUCAAACAAGUUUUUGAUACAACGCUUUUGGCUGAAUACCCAGAGUCAUCAGUCAAACUUUUUAAGGGGAUACUAAAAUGGGACUAAAUUAAACAAAAUACCUUUCAAAAUGCUAGUGUGUCUUUUGAGCUGCGUUAGAAGUUGCAUUGGCAAUAAAUGGCUUCUUGUAUGAGAUCAGUAAGGUAGGAGAUAGAAACAACUUGUGUAUCUAGGAUAAAUGCAAAUUAUUACUGCAGCAACGUUCUAAAGUACUUUGAAAUUAACUAUCUACAGAGAGUCACAUAAACACAUGAAAGUA